AUGUUUCUUUCUUUUUUUCAAAAAUUUCUUGAUUUUUCACCUUAUCAUUUCUUAUUUAUCUUUAUUCUCUUUCCUCCUCCUUUUCAUCAUUCUUAUUCUUCUUUCACCCGAGUUUUACUCAGUCAUUCUUGUUUAUCCUUACUAUCUCUUAUUUUUCUCUUUUUCUUUCUUUUUUCAUUCUUUAUUUAUCUUUUUUCUCUUUCCUUUCUCCUCUUCACCAUCUUAUUUCUUUUCUUUUUCUUCUUUCUCCCUAGAUUUUCUCACACGUUAUUGCUUAUCAUUUGUUUAUCCUCUCUCUUGUUUUUUUUUUCUUUUUUUUUUUCCAAUUCUUUCUUUUUGGUAUUUCUUCUGUUCAGAGAGCAUGUGGGUGGAUUUUCUCCCUACCUACAGCUGCCCGUCCAGUCUCUUCUUCAUCAGCCCUUCUCUAUAACCCCAGUGAUUACGAUUUAUCCCAAGUCCGCACCAUCACACACGCAUCAGUCAUCUUUAAAUAUUAGCUGCUUCUUUUUCAUUCAUUUUCUGAUCACUCCCCACCUCCAGCAACAAUCACCUUUGGUGGUGGUAGUGGCAUUGGAUCAUCAUGAUUAUCACAAGUGUGGUGGAAAUGGGGAUGAUGAUGAUGAUGAUGAUGAUGAUAACUGCUGCCUUCACUAUUUCAAUAUUCCUGAUUUUCUUUUUUUUUUCUUCGUAAUGGUUAGAAUUGCCAAGACAGGAAGAAAGGAACCAGCCAAACGAACUCCCUGUUCCUUUUCUUUUUCUGUUUUCUUUUUCUUCCAUUUUAUCUCAUUACUGAUAUUUUUUAGUAUCUUAUCAGUUUCUUCAAUCUACCAUCCAAACUUUUCUUUACUUUUGGUUUCCCCUGUUGCAUUUCUUUCAUUCUUUCCUUUUUGUUUUUUCUUUCUUUUGCUCCUUUUUCUCUCAUUCAUGUCUUUUAACCUUUACUUUUUUCUCACAUUCAUUAAUUUGUUCCUUCUCUUCCCCAUUCCUUUUCUCUUUCUAUUUACAUUCUUCAUUUCUUUUUUCUCUUUCCUCCUCCUAUUUACAAUCUUAUUUCUUGUUUUCUUCUUCUUCUUUCUGCCUAGCUUUCCAUAUACCUCUUUCUUUCAAUUCUCUCUUUUUUCUCUUUAUUGUUUAACUUUUAUUUUUUCCUGCAAGGUGGAAUUCUUUCUCAACACACCACCAUUUUGUUUCCUCACAUCUUUUUUCUUUUAA